UCCCAUGGGAAGCAGUUCCGGGAGAGGUUCUCAGCUUUGAUUUGGCAGAACGAAGGGUGUGGUGGGCACUGCUCGGCCGCGUGUCCUGCAGCUCUGUCCACUGCCCGUGUCCAUUUGUGUCUCUGCUUCAGUCUGUCCAAGAUAAAGACAUGGCAGAUUUGACAGAUAUAAGGGGGUUUGGUCAGGCUAAGCUCGACGGAUUUGAGACAUUGAAAGGAAAGGAAAUUGGAGGAGAGUGUCGGGAGAGUGUAGUGACCCUAGGAAAUAAAAUGAGUGUCUCUUCUGUUCAGAGCAAAAGGAAGAGAGGGAAGAAGAGAAAGAACCAGAAGGCCUCCACUUCCGCAGAGCUGGACUCCUUGUUGGAGGCUUCCUCCGUCCCCAGUAGUGUCAGCUCGCUUGCAAACCCCAGCUUCCAGGGCUCAGCCCCACCCCAGAGCCGGGCUCUGCAAGGUGGUCAGACCAGGCAGCCGAGCCAGCCCCCAGGCGCCACCCCGACGCCACAGGAGGAUGGUGACUGCCCAGAGUCCGUGGGGCAUGUCGAGGCUGGCAGCAGCCCUCUGCAGGACCAGCCCGGGGGAGGCGUCCUCCCGAACGGAAAGGACCACGACACCCCCGAGCCCUCCCAGGGCAGAGGCCCCCGCCAGGAGGGGGCUGGCCCAACCACCUCUGCCAACAAAGACUGUCCUGGCAAGGAAGGUGCUGCUCAGGAGCUCCUGCCACCUGAGUCCAAGCGGGGCUCUGAGCCCAAGAAAGAACCACAGACUGCCGCGCAGCAGGCCGGGGCCCAUGCCUCUGAGGAAAUUGCUGCUGUAGCCCAGCCAGCUGAGCCGGUGGGAGGGGCUGGGAAAAAAGUGAAAGCCAAGACUCAGAACAAGAAACAGCCGCCAGCAAGUGCCCCUGCUUCCCCAGAACACCGCCAGGAAGCUGAAACCAAGAAGACAGCUGUUACCGGAGACAAAGCAGGUGGAAGUGAGAAGGCCAAGCCAGAGGGUUCGAAGAAGCCAGAAGGGAAUAACAAGAGUUGUGUGGCCUCUGUGAAAAAUGAGAAGGAGCAAUGGAACUGCAAAGCCGGAGGGUGUGAAGUGAAGGAGAGCCCACUGAGUCUGCAGGAAGGAAUCACGGUGUACUUCCAUGCAAUCAUCUCUAAGGAUUUCGGCUUCGACCCCAGCCUCCACAAAGUGUUUGUCAGGGGGGGAGAAGAAUUUGGAAAGACCAAGUGGAAUUGUAAUGUCUGUGAGAUGCACUGCACCAAAGACCUGCAUGAGAACGGGUUCCUCGUGGAAGGCAGUGCUGUCCUGUCCAGGCAGCACGUGAAUAAACCCAUUCCUUACAAGUACGUCAUCAUGCGCAGCAAGGGCCACGUCGAAUUUGAGUACAUCUACAAACGUCAGCAGAGCGGUGAGCACGUCAACCGCUGCCUGCAGGUGAAUGCUACGCUUCUGGGCUCGGGAGGUGAGUCGCUGGCUGGGCCCCUGGGCUGAACUCAAGAGUGCAGGCACCGGGCCUCCCGAAGUGGCUGUUCCCCUGCAGAGCAGGCCUCCCCGGGGUCCUCUUCGCUGGCAUGGCCCCCGCCCCCCCAGGCCCCAGCCUCCAGCUCUGCGUUGAAGAAACCUGCAUUUAGAAGCCUGUUUUUGAUCAGUGUAACAGAACCACUCACCUCCCAGGGGAAACCAGGAAAAGGAAUUUUACUAACGGUGGGGAGGGUGAAGCCGCUGGGGGUGAGGGGGUGAGCGGCUGGGCAGGGCGCUGGCAAGAAGGUGUAGGGCUGGAGGACGAGGCUGGAGCUGCGGGCACCCACCCCUACCCCAGAGACUGUGAGUCAGACCCCUGCCCGCACCCACAGCCCUGCUGCUUGGCGCCCUGGCCUCCCUCCACUCUUCUCCUUU